UCAAGUGGGUGAUGAAGGUUAAGGUGCUCAUUCCCCAGCUCAGCCUCCUUACUAAUUUUAGCGUGGCGCGAUGGCGCGUGGCGCACGUCGCAAACCACAGCGAAACGCGUCAGCCAUCAAGCACGCCCAGCGCAGCGAAGCCUCAGCCUGAGCUCAAACAUCAAACCUUCUACAAUCUCCAAACGGAGAGUACUACCUUCUUUCCCUUGUCCCACAGUGUUAUUCGACGUUCGUUUACAAUACUAUGGCCCCGGCAAUACCCCCAUCAACGCGCUCAUCCCUCGCCAAACUAGCGCGACGGGCGUUGGUGACGGGAGGCCCCACUAUGGCUUCGCACCACUUUGAGCGUCGCGGGUUAACUGUCAACCACACCCAAGGGGUCACGCUGGGCGUUAUCAUCGCAUAUGUUGUUAUCAUUGCGUUGUUAUGGAACCUGCCGUAUGUGAGAUGGGUGUUAUGGCCGUUCAAGAUGCUGGUCAUCGCUUUCCAUGAGUUCGGGCACGCUAUCACAGCCUGCUGUACCGGCGGGCGCGUAGAAUCAAUUUCUCUAGAUCCGCACGAGGGAGGCGUAACUCACAUGCGGGGCGGCAAACAGUUCAUCACGUUACCAGCUGGCUACUUGGGCUCCUCACUGAUUGGCGCCCUGCUGACUUUCUGUGGAUUCAACAUCGUGGCAAGUAAGGUGGCGAGUAUCGUGCUAGGGGUGUGCUUUCUGUUGACGUUGUGGUGGGCGCGGAAGGACUGGUUAACUAUCAUAACCAUCUUGCUGGCCGUGGGGCUGUUGGUCGGGUUUUGGUUCAUUGAGCGCGGUCAAGCGCUAAGAUUCAUGGUCCUCUUCAUCGGCGUAAUGUCUUCGCUAUACAGCGUCUGGGAUAUCUGUGACGAUCUCAUCCUGCGCAAAGUCAACUCUUCCGAUGCAAGCGUCUUUGCAAAGCGGUACGGCGGCUCCUCGCAGUGCUGGGGCGUGCUCUGGUCGCUGGUUUCGUUGCUUCUAUUGAUUUGUGGCAUUUUAGCCGGACUGGCAGUGUUCAAGCAGAGCUUUGAGCAGCAGAAGAAGGAUAGCGAGCAUUUUAUUCCUACGGUGCGGAUGCUUGCGAGGAUGUAGGAAUCUAAGUUAUGUAUAGGAUGGUGUUUGGAUGGCUCGGAUCGGGGACCCCGUAUCCUUUAGCGCUUGAAAUUGACUUCCAGAGCUCAAGUUGAAGAGCUCGAAUCGAUCUCCAAAGCCAAUUGUAUAUUUCGUUCCAUUACUGCCGUGAAUGCGGGGUACAAUUAUGCCUGUCCGGAGAAACUCA